UCUAAUCCGACGCAUAAAUCGCUUGGAUGACACGAAUUUCGACGGAGGAAUUCGUCGCUUGAGAAUGCCAGACUCGCGAGACGAGCAGCCGGCGCAUUCGAGUCGAAACCAGCGACGAGAAAAGAUGAACGGAGUAACGCAGGACGUGAAACCUGAUGAAAUCACCGUUAAUUUUGGCUCUCGCUGGUCCCACAGGCAGGCCAUGCGUGCGCAAAAAGUGCACCUGAUGGCCUGCAGUCCGUACAUCAGGAAGCUAAUCGAUCAACAACCUAAAGGGCCCAUCACCAUUGACAAUGUCCAGCCCGAAAUUUUCAAAGUUUUGCUGGAGUUUAUCGCGCACAUGAGAUUCGAGUGGGCGAACUACAUGAAUAUGAGAUACUUCAUCAUGCUGGCCGACGCGGCCGAAAAGCUGCAAGUUUUUUGUCUCGGAAAGGCUUGCGCCGAGGCCAUCGAGGGCAAGCUCACCGAUAAAAACAUUUGGGACAUUUACGGAGAAUACUCGGACAUCAAAUUCGUCGCCGAAACUUGCGAAAAGAGGUUGGCCAAGAACACGGAGAUGCAUCUGCAGCUUCCAGGGUUCUUGGAAAUCAAACCUGAGGCUCUGUCCAAGUUCCUGACCCUGGAUGAGAUGGAAAUCAAUUCAGAAAUGACCUUGAUCCUGGCUAGCAUCAACUACGCCGAGGCACAAAAAAAUCCUCGGGAGGUGUUCCGCAAGUACGCCCUGCCGCACCUGCGCCUGCUGACUCUGAAGUUGAUCGAGCUGCCUCUGAAGCUUGAAGAAUGGCUGAAUGAGGACGAAAGGAUUUUCAUCAGCGAAAAGCUGUUCUGCGGGAAGCCGCUGCUGCCGUACGAGGAAGUUGCCGAACUCAAGGACACCUUGUGCGGCAUCAACAAGAAUAGGAAGCCUGGAAAUGUUCGCACCCUGACCAUACUGAAGGAGGAAAGAAUCCUGGGAUUGGUCGAACAAUUCCUCUUAAGCCAGUUUUUCUUGAUUCCCAGCUGCGAGGAACACCUCUUUUCCAUGCAGUUCAAGGCCAACAAAUGUUUGCUAAUCAAACAAUUGGAGGUCUUCUGCCCACUCCACCUGGAUUCUGAGGAUUUCGUCUGUAAUGACCUGAUUGCCAGGUUGACCAGAAAUGAACAGGAAUUUGUCAGGUUCAGUGACGGUUACAAGAUGCUGGCCACUGUCAGGGUCCACGACAUGCUCGAUGAAAAAAUGGAAAAUCAUUUCGGGCCAAUGGACGAGCACCCCUUCCUGAACCACUGGACAACAUUCAAACUGGGCGUUCUCGUGAGAAAGGGUCGCGUCGCGACCUUGGAGGUGCGUGUCUGCGGCAAGUGGACCAUGCGUCUCAUAGAAAGGUCGGCGAAGCGCAUCCUGAAGGGCAGCGGCACCUCCGUGACAGAGGCCCUGAGCGAGUUCAAGAUUGAGCACAAACACACCAUCAACGGCGGAGAUUUCAAAGCUGUUAAAAGAACUGAAAAGGAUAGCAUAUCCACCAUCUUCAAGAGCAUGGACUUCAUUACCUACUAGAGACGCCAUUCAAAGAAUUUGUUUUGGUUUUCUCGUGAAUAAAUCUAGAUUUGUUACCUAAA